AUGAAGCGGCGUGCCCCACUCCAAAAGUAUGGGGCGCCUCUGUAUGGCGUGGCCUGGCCAGACGGCCCGCACGCGUACAUGGCUGGUGGGGGCAACCUCGGAAUAGAGAACAAGGUCGUCGUCGUGAGCUGCGACGAGAGGGGCAAGCUGUCGGAUGAGGUCACCAAAUACAACACCGGCGACGACGCUCCCUACCGCAUGGCGAUGCACCCAUCCGGACGAUCUCUGGUCCUGGGCAUGACCCGCGGAGGGGUGCAGGGGGUGGACCUCCAGCCCAGCACCAGCGGUAGAGAUGCGCCGGAGCUCUCCCGCCCAGGAGGCAGCUUUGCGUCCAGGGCCCCCAGCAUCGGCGCCCUGAAGUGCCUCUCCUUCUCCUCCGACGGCCGCCUGCUCGUCAUGGGGGGGGAGGACGGCAGCGUGCGCAUCGUGCACUGGCCCUCCCUUGAGCCCAAGCUGCACUGGCAGGCGUCAGAGGACAAGGCCAUUCGGGCGGCCGACCUGUCGCGCGCCCACAGCGACGGCAUCCUCACCACGACGGACGAGGCGGGGAUGGCAGCGCUCUGGAAUGCCGAGACAGGGGAUAAGGUGCUCCAGCUGGCCGUACCGCAGGACAUGCCGCGUGCGACCUUCUUCAAGUGCAUCGCGCUGGCCGAGGGCGCUGGGCCCGCUAUCUACGCCGCGGUGAAGUGGAAGGGGGAGGGGCACAUCCUGCGCUGGCGCCAGCUGGCGAGCGGCGAGAUCCGUCUGGAGGCACGAAGCAGAGGCCCUGUCACGAGGUCCCCCAUCUGCGGCUUCGUGGCCAGCCCCAGCGGGCGCCUGCUGGGGGCUGUGACGCCCGACGGGGACCAGGUGGUGGUGACGGCAGGCGGGCUCAGGAGGGUGCUGCAUCGCCGAGGUGCCCACAUGACCUUUGCCACGGCCAUCGCCUUCUCCCCUGACGAGAAAUGGGUGCUGUCCACCUCCGCAGAUGCCAGUGCCGUGCUGACUCGCGUCCCCAGCGGCUCCCUGGGGGCGCACCUUGCGUAUAUCCUUGCCCUCCUGGCCACCCUCCUGGCCGUGGCCGCACACUUCUUUCUAGCAGGGGAUGCGAGGGCCCUCUUGGCCGCACGAGGCAUGGUGGGCCUGCCCACGGAGACGUACAGCACCCGCGCCGCACAGGAGCAACAGCUGCGCGCCGUGGAGGAGCAGCGCAAGCAGCUGCUGGAGGCCGCCCAGCGCCGCGCCCUCGAGGACCUGACGCAGCAGGCCGCGCUGGAGGCGCAGCAGCUGGCCCUGCUGCGCGCGCUGGGCCAGGCCAUGCCGCCCAACGGCGCCGGCGCGCAGCAGGCGGCGGCCGCGGGGCAGCUGGACCUGGGCGCCGCCGCGCGGCGCACACUGACCGACGACAUAGCGCGCGGGCUGCACCUGUUUGGCGCGCAGCAGGCGGGGUACAAGGGGCAGGAGGGUGCGACCCCGGCUGCGCUCCCGCCCUCCCUGGCCCUAAGCCCGCAGGGCGCUAAUGGCCUGGGGCCGGCCCCUAGCGCGGGGACCCACGCCAUUCGCCCCCAGCACCAGCUGCAGGGCCCCUCGCCCACCGCACCCGUGGCGGCGCUGCACGGCGCGGGCGGCGCCGACUGGUCCAGCCUGGUGCGGUCGGGGCUGACCGCCGGCCUGCAGCGCAGCCUGGUCCCGGGGUCCGAUGGCCCCCCGCCCCCCUCCCCGCUCAGCAACCAGGCCUCGCCCCACAAGCGCUCGCGCGCCAGCCUGGACGGCGAGGGACCCAGCCCGGGGCCGGCGCCCCGCUCCCAGGGCGUGGCCACGCCCAGCGGCGCCGGGCAGGGCAGGGGCGAUGGGGCGGGGUACCACGGCGUGGCGCAGUACCGGGGCGCCGCGGCGGGGGCUGGGGAGGCCGUGCUGUACGGGGCCUCCGCGGACUCGCCCGCGCAGCUGGCGAUGUCGCCCACCAGCCAGGCCUGA